AUGGGCUCACAGGCCCUGGACGUGCAUCGUCUUCUCAUCUUCUCGCGUUGUUUGGUGAGGGUGGGAGCCGGGAGUGAUCUGGUGCUUCUGCCCUGUUCAGUGCCCAGGCCUGCCGUGUGGGGAGGGUCGGGUCUCCGGUCAUUGGAGCAGAAGCCCCGAGGGUCAGUCUCAGCUGGCCCGCUCCCUGGGCGCUCUCCAGCUCCUAGCAUGACACCCUCACUCCAGAGAGGGCCGGUGCUGGAGCCGAGGGCCUGCUACGGGCCCUCGGCGUGGACCUGGGCCUGCGCCGGGUCGCCCGGCUGCAGCCCGUCACCCCGCCUCCUCCUGCUGCGCUGCCUCUUGCAGCAGCAGUAG